AUGACCUCUUCGCUGGCUACUAGACAAGGACUUCUCACCCGUGCUCACAAACGGCUAUCCGCGAUUUUGGACGAACACACACAGCUCUUCGCCACGCGACUGGACCUGAGCGAACCGAGGGAUGCCAAGGAGCUGCACAGGAGGAUUAGAGCGACCAAGGCCACAUUGUCAAUGGAAGUCGGUAAAGUCGAGGACGCUCUAAUCAAGUACAGCAGUACUGUGGAUGAACUGCCCGUCAGCACGCCAUCAAAGGAGGAGUUCCUGAAGCGAGCAGAGGCGAACAUCAACACUGUUGAAGAGGUUUUGGAUCGAGCCCAUACUGCGCUGACGAAGCUGUUACAGCUGCAGGAAGAGCUGGAAUGUCAGAUACAAGCCCAAACGACACCUUCGGAAGAGAAGUAUGGCAACGCACAAGCACUCGUCGAUCAACUGGUGAGCAGGCUCCAAGCAUCGCAGGCCAGGAGUGACAGCUUAGCCGAUCAAAUAGCGUUGUGCGACCAGCUCUCUUCUAUCACCUCGCAGCUGGAACUGAAAGGAGAGCACAUCAGCAAGGCUUUCCUGCAGAAACAAUCACUGAGCAAGUUCUCCACGGAAGUCCAACGACACGUUUUACGGCAGAAGUGCAGAAAAGAAGCAGAGGGAUCUUGGAGUACCAAGGUCCUACUAGCAGAUGCAAAGGAAUACGUCGAAAGUGAGCUCAAAAUCAACGCCCAACUUGAACAGAGGAAGCCAAACCACACCGACAGGCAGGAGAGAUCCAGUACGAAGUUCAGAAUGGAAACAAGACAAACAACGCGAGCACCAGCACCGACUUGCUUUUACUGCAACAAACCUGGACACCCAGCGAAAAGUUGUCCUGAAGUGACCACGCUCAGUCAACGCCUUCAGAUUAUAAGGACCAGAAAACUUUGCAAAAAUUGUGGAGGGGAGAAUCACCUCGCAAUGAGAUGUCCCAGAGGAGCCUGCCGCGCCUGCGGAGUAACUGGACAUCAUACUUCCAUCUGCACCAAACUAUUCUCGACGGAGACACCUAGGACGCCCCAACAAGACAAAGCAACCAAGAAGAUACCAGCCAGAUCUCCAUCACAGCCUACGGCUGCAAAGAUGAAUACAGUCACGUCCGACCAAGGACUUCUAGAAGCCGAAGAAAUGGAUACUGUGCUCCAUGUCAGCAAUCGAGCGGACGUUCUCAUUCUGGCAGGACAGGCACAGCGCAGUAGCCUCAGUCUGGAGGACAAGCGGUUUCUCUGUGAUAAGGAUCUGGAACUGUCGAUAAGCGCAACUUCAACUAGCAUCAAUCCACAGAUUCUUCUUGGAUGCGCGGACAUGUUCACACUUCUAAGCAAUGGGCUAGCACCGCUGUACGUACUUCCUUCUGGGUUGCAGUUGAUCCCUUCGAGAUUGGGAUAUCUGGUUGCAGGACGCAACCACAGCUUCACAGAAACAAACAAGGAACGAGCGACGGUAAAUUCUGCAACAGUCACAGACAAAGACGAUUCGCAAUCGUGGGAAGACUUUUGUACAUUCGAAUCGACAGGGGUGGAUGAGUUUGUCGGGCCGAAGGCCGAGGAACGCCAACGGACAGAUGAGGCCGUCUGGAAGACCGCAACUUCAACUAGCAUCAAUCCACAGAUUCUUCUUGGAUGCGCGGACAUGUUCACACUUCUAAGCAAUGGGCUAGCACCGCUGUACGUACUUCCUUCUGGGUUGCAGUUGAUCCCUUCGAGAUUGGGAUAUCUGGUUGCAGGACGCAACCACAGCUUCACAGAAACAAACAAGGAACGAGCGACGAUUGUUCCCAUUGCCGAUGGACUGCCAGGACGAAGUUCCUUGCAUGCUACACGUAGCAACAUGCGGUACCAUUGUGAAUUACUUGACUGGAAACGGCACAGCAACCUCCCACGGUGUCAGCGAGUGGUAGCCUACGUCCUUCGCUUCAUCAAGCAACUACUCAAUCGAGUGAACGUCAGCCUUCGAAGGAAAGUCGAGAAGAGCGUACCCGAACUUCAUUCUGUAACAAUGUUUCCCUACAUAACGACUACUGAAAGAGAGAUGGCCCUACGGCUACUUGUCCGCAAUCACCAAAGGGUACAUCUGCCACCAGACAGACGAGUCGCUCUGAAACAGCUAAAACUGAAAGAGGAUGAUCAAGGAAUUCUGCGAUGUCACGGACGACUUGGAAACUCCAGACUUUCAUUCGACGCCAAAUAUCCAUGUAUUAUAGCCAGCAAAACCGAUCUCGCUCGCCUCAUCGUGCAGCACGCGCACUUACCUCUUCACUGUGGAACUGCACACACCAUGGCGAACGUCAGAGAGAAAAUUCUGGAUUAUGAAACUCAGACAGCUUGUCCGAUCAGUCAUUACCAGAUCAAUGGCAGAGAAAGGAAUCCUGAGUUCAAGCAACUGCGAGAACAAGUUUCUGCGAUCAACCUCAAGCAGCUAUCCGACGACAUCAAGGGCCUCUGCGAACGCUUCGAUGAAUUGAACCUACGUCUACCCAGCGUCGAUACAUCGAGGACCAUUGCGCCGGCGGAGCCCAGCUCAGAGCUGGACAGGAUCUUACGUCAAAUGGAUGAAACAGAGAAGGAGCUUCAUAGUGUCCGAAAGGAAACCUUUGAAAUCAACCUUCUCAUUGAAAAGACAUGGCAGAAGGACCGCAGUACGGACGCCAUCGACCACCUGAAAGUGAAGCGACGUCGCCUACAGUCGAAGGAAUCGAGAUUGGAAGAGGAAAUGCGGGACCUGGAAAUGCGAUUGGAGCGCGAAAAGAACGGGAAACAUCGCAACUCUGAGGAAUCUCGCUCCAGGGGACACGAUCGCACAAAGGAGGAACGAACGGAAAGGAAUGCGAGCAGAGAAAGACGGCACGAUCGACGACGAGAAGGGAAGCGUGAGUCGAGACAACGGCGGAACUCAUCGACCUCGUGCGACCAUGACAAGGAAAGGGACAACUCCCCGGCAUAG